AUGUUUUGUGCAUUUCUGACGCCAGCUGGAGCAGUUGCGGGUGCAUCUAGGCGCGGACGUUACUGUCCUGAGCGUCAACUGGUGAGGGCGCUCCACGGGGGCCGCGUCCCACGCCGAGCGUACUCCAGAACAGAAGCAGCGCUGCCGGCGCUCGUUUCCCGACGUCGUGUGCGUUCUCAUGGUGAUCCCCCGGUGAAACUUUUGGGAAACAUACGCGUGUGGCGAAGCCGAUCCUCAGCGUCGCGACGUAACAGCGAUCGCCACCUGCUUCCGGGACUCGCGCGGACGCGGUCUGUUUCAAGCUGCCUCGGGCUGGAGGAUCGUGAUCGACACAGAUCCCAGCCACAGCCAGGUACUGUUGUUGGCAGCGAGACGGCGUCGCUGUCGGAGAACGUAGACCACGGGUUGAGCGGCCCCAGCCCGACCAGUGGCGUCGACAGCGGCAACAACGGCGGUAACGGGUCGUUCGGGAAAGGCAAUGGUGGCUCGGGUGGCCGUUACGAAGGCCCGGACGAACACGGCGACUACUGGUCUCCGGAUCCAGAGAUCGCCGGUGUGCUUCGCGCGUACAAACGUUCGCUUCAGAGCUUGCCGCCGGAAGUCGUUCAAGCGAUCCAACAUGGCUGGAUAGAGCGACGAACGCUCGCCCGUUACCUUGCCCAGGACCGCGGCUUGGUGGCGUGGCUCUUGCAAUGGCGGUUCUUUCGAGAUCGCGUGCUCGCAGAUCCCGAGUUCAUUUUCAAGCUCCUGGCCCAGGAAUACAUCGGGAACGGAACACAACUCGUCGGUGAGUUUCUCGUACGAGGAAGAGAACUCGUCGACGAGCUCGAAUAUGUGCUCUCUGAUCUGGUCGUCGGCACCGUUGUGGAGGCCUCAUUUGUGGUGUUGCUUGCGCCCUACACGCCGUUCCCGCAGAUGUCGCAGCUGGAAACGGGUGCCGUUCAGCGAGGACUAAUCGGGAGCGUAUGGCAGCGCUAUCUCAAUUGGGCAACGUCACUGCCAGCGAACGCGUUCGAAAAGUCCUUGCCACCACUGCGAGUGUACACGCUGCCGUCACGAGUGCUCACCGUUCUGCAUACAUCUGCGCAGUACUUUUUGAUCGGUUUUGCGAGUGGCGUCGUCGGCACCGCCAUCACCUAUGGCCUGUUGCACCUGCGCAAGGCCAUGGAUGCCCACUACACGCCCGUUCGGCCGAUGCCGCCAGUGCUCCCGAACUCGAUCGGCUGGGGCGCUUUCAUGGCGCUAUCCAGUAAUCCGCGAUUCCAGCUGGUAGAGGGCCUCGAACGACUCUCACAUAUGCUUUUCGCGAAUCACGCUGUCUUGAAUCGCUCGUUGAUUGUUUCACUGCGAUUCCUGAACAAUUUUUACGGAGGAAUCCAUUUUGUCCAGUUCUUCAGAUGGGCUGGUUUGCAGGCCACCGGUCAAACGGGACCCUAG